AUGACAAUACCCACUCAUAAUAAUAGUUAUGUCAUCAUCGACAGGAACGGUAUUGUCGAAAACAGGCACUUGGUCCAUGCUGCCGUUGUGGAUUCUACCGGGCAGCUUCUGCUUUCCCUUGGCAACCCCUCGCGUAUAACCUUGAUUCGCUCGGCAGCCAAGCCCGCUCAAGCGUUGGCAGUUGUGGAAACUGGCGCCCUUGAACAGUUUGGCUUUGAUGAAGUUGAUUUGGCACUUAUGUGUGCGUCCCAUAGCAGCGAAGAACGGCAUGUUGCACGGGCUCAACAAAUGCUCGAAAAAUCACAACACACUGAAGACCAGCUGCGGUGUGGUGGCCAUCCUUCAAUCAACUCAACCAUCAACCGAGAAUGGAUAAAGCGUGGUUUUGAGCCGACCGGGAUUUAUAAUAACUGCUCUGGAAAACACGCGGGUAUGCUAGCCGGAGCUAAAGCCAUUGCCUCCUCCUCAGAAGAUUAUCAUCUUCUGACACAUCCGAUUCAAACCAGAGUCAAGCGGGUGGUAGAGGAAUUGGCUGGCUUGAAUGAACAAGAUGUUCUGUGGGGCCUUGACGGUUGUAAUAUGCCAGCUCCUGCACUUCCCCUCUUUCAUCUCGCCAAGGUUUAUGCUUCGUUUGCUCAAGCAUCAGAUGCAUUGGCAAGUGGCGAUUCAACCACCCCAAGAGUGCGGCAUAUGGGGCGGAUAUUUAAUGCAAUGUCUCGUGUGCCCGAGAUGGUUGGUGGCGAGGGCCGAUUUGACACUCUCCUUAUGCGUGCUUUUAGUGGCGCUAUCAUCGGAAAGGUCGGUGCGGAUGGUUGUUAUGGGGUCGGAUUGCGUGAGUCCGAGCGGACCAAGAGCCUUGGGGCAGUUGGUGCAAUUGGCAUCGCGGUGAAGGUUGAAGAUGGUAAUUUAGAUAUACUUUAUGCUGCUGUGGCCGAAAUCUUAGAGCAGCUGAAAAUUUCUGGUCGGGAAAACAUACAAAGCCUGGAGACUUAUCAUCACCCUAAAAUCCAUAACAGCAUGGGCAUCGUUACAGGGACAACGAGUUUCGAGUUCAAUUUUCAGUCAACAAGAGGGAUGCUGGUCUUGUAA